AUGAGGUCCUUGUUGAGUAACUACUAAAACUUUUACAGUUGUCCUCAUUUAUAUAGAGAAACACAUUUCUUGAACGCUUUCUUUGAUACUUUUGAUUUUUCUCGUUUUUUGUCAUCCGAGAACAGCUAAACUCUUUGGUCCAAUUUUAGAACUACAGCGGUCUUAGGACUACAAAAUGUAUAUGACGACAUCUCUUGCUGCCAUGUUGGCGUUUCAAACCUGUUGGCGGUGAAAGCUGAUGUUGUGCAAUGGCUCCAUUUAAAUUUACUGUCAAGGGGAAAACUUCCACCUUGUGGCCAAUUUUCUGAAGCGGCACUCCAAUCUCAGAUGUGUUGUCAAGCAGGAUUUGCGCAUGUUUCCUGAACGCUACGUUGUGUGUGUGAGCUGUCCAGAAGAUGCCUUAGCACACCAUGGAAACCCGAGCCCGGCCGCGAUGGAGAAGGAGCAAACCAGAUCCAAAUAUUUUUCCAGUGUGGGAGAAACCCAAGAGCUUUUACACAACCCCACAAAAACAAAGAAGGCUGUGCUUCAAAAGAUUACCAAAGAAGCUAGUGUCCAGCAAGAGAAGGAGCAAAUGGACCAGAGAGCCUCUGUCAAAAGCCAAAAACUGGAGCUAAAAGCUGCAGAGUCAGAAUCAAGCCUGGAGGUCACGCCCAGGUCUGAACCGGAGGAGAGAAACCACACAGUGCCUCUCAGCUGUGCCUCAACCGAAUCUGAGGCUGAGAUGAGGUCUGCUCAAGAACCAGAAGCUGAGCAUGAAAUAGUUCCUAAGAGCAACAAGAGGUGCAAGCCAGGUGAUGAUGGGUACGAUGCUAGCUUGCAGCGAACCAAGAGAGUGUGCCAUGGCAGGCCUCCAGCUAGCAAAAGCUCCACGCAAACAUCCAUCCACGACCUUCCUCCCCUUCUGCCACUUCCCUCAGUCCAAGUCAAGACGAAGUCCAAGGCUUUCCCUGCCUUAGAGUGUGAAAAAACCUCACUGGAAGUAGAGCUGCUUACUCCAGGGAAACAAGCCCAGAGGCUCCCCCUCACAAGCAAUAACACAGCACAGACAAUCCAAAACAGGCCGGCCGCAAGUCUGAGGGGCCUAUCUGUCAGGCCCGCAUCCUCAGGCAGCUCUAUUGGUUCCAGAUCCACAGUGGGAGAGGAGGGGAGCGAGAAUGUGCCCAGAACCUCGAGAUUACGACGAAUGAAGAGGUCCUGAAGGGGAGAGAAACACAGCAAAGAUUCCCGACGCCAGCGAUGGAGAUUAUAUUCUGAAAGUUGUUUGUAGUCCAUAUGGUGACUUCUGAUGACUGUACGCGUGCUUUUGAUAACACACACACACACACACACCAAACCCUAACAGUUCUGUCAACUGAUACACGACUGCUCGAGCGUUGCUUUGUUAAAUACUUGAAACAGAAUUCGCCUCCACCCUUAAACGGCGGUGGCCAAGAGAGGCUCGCAAAUAAAAGUCAGAAACCUUUAA